AGGUCCUCUACGCCAAUGCCCACCCCGCCGUCUCUCACAUGUCAGCGGAAUUCGUCCAAGUCAUCGGCGACUGCAUACGCAUGACCCGAGAGGUCCUCUUCUCCACCACCGGCCAGCCAUUCAUCAUCGCUGGUUCGGGUACGCUCGGCUGGGACCAGGCCGCUGCCAACCUGACGGAACCCGGCGAGUCCGUGUUGCUGCUAAACAGCGGUUACUUUGGGGAUAGCUUCACCGAAUGUUUCCGAGCAUACGGCGCAGAAGUAGAUGAAGUCCGUGCAGACUUUGGCACAGCAGCGAACCUGAGCGAUGUAGAGAAGGCUUUGAAGGCGAAGAAGUAUAGGAUCGUUGCCUUCACUCAUGUAGACACGUCUACAGGUGUUCUCUCCGACGCGAAGGCAAUUGCAGAAACCGUCAAGAGAGUAUCUCCUGACACUCUGGUCGUUGUAGACGCUGUGUGCUCUGUAGCGAGUGAAGAGAUCCUCUUCGAUCAGUGGGGACUUGACGUUGUCCUCACUGCUAGCCAGAAGGGGCUGGCUACACCACCAGGGUUGAGCAUCCUUCUUGCCAGCCCAAAAGCUAUCCAGGUCUUCGAGCAGCGCACACGUCCACCCGCCUCAUACUACGCGAGCUGGAAGAAGUGGCUUCCAGUCAUGAAAUCCUACGAGAGCGGCGCUGCGGCCUACUUCGCAACUCCGCCCGUGAACCUCAUCUACGCAUACCACGCCUCGCUAACGCAGCUCACGAAGAGAACGCCGACCCUCCAAGAGCGGUUCGCACUGCACCGCAAGGCCAGCCAGCGCAUCAAGGAUGAGCUCGCUGCCAUUGGGCUCAAGCAAUUGGCCCUCGACCCGUACUAUGCGGCGAAUGGGAUGACAGCAGUGUACUUCCCCGAGGGCUUGAAGGCGCCUGAUGUUAUUCCGCGUCUGUUGAAGAAGGACGUUGUAGUCGCCGGCGGCCUGCACAAGGACAACAAGGAGAAGUACUUCCGCAUUGGGCACAUGGGCAUUACGGUCGUGAACGAGGAGCGCGGCGACGUCGACAAGAUCAUCGCGGCGGUGAAGGAGAGCAUUUCAGAGGCGUUGGCGGAAGCCGACAGCAAGAAAGCUGCGAUUCCAGUGAAUGGUUCUUCGGAAGGUCCUCGGCCGCUCGCUCGUCUCUAGGUUCGCCAUCUCAGGUUCCCGUCCCGAGAAAGCUUAAGGGUGCACCCCGGCGAAACGCGAGCUAAAAAUGAGGAAAAUGAGGAAAAUGCAGCUUGAGUGCCACGCUGUUCCUGUUAAAAGUAUAGACCACAAUCAAUGUAACGGGUCUCAAUGUACAUAUGGGUUAAUCCGCGCACACGCACUAUGCACGACACAUCUAGAGCACGUAUCCAAUAUCCCUCGCUUUCUAAGUUAUCUUGGCAAGGACAGUCGUUUUCACAGUAUGUAGUCGAGGAAGUCGGAAGGCGCGACUGAGCCCAAGCUGUGUCGCACAA